UCCACAGUUGAACUCGAAAAGUACGCCUGUGUGAACGCCCCUUCAAUCGACCCGCCUCUUCGGGCCCGUUACAUCCACGGGAAUAAAGGGAAACUGGACAGUCUGAGGAAAACUCUCAGCCUGGAAGCGUAUUUGGCACGAACGAGGAUAAUUUCCGCCUUCAGAAGUAGUUUGCGACCAAGAAGAAGAAUUUACAAAUCAAUUUCAACAAUAUAACCUGUUUUGUACUUUCAUCGCGAAUACUAUUUCGAUUUUUUACAGAUGGACGACUUGGGAGGUCCUGAUCCAUCUAACUACCCUCUCAGUCCUCGUAUUGUUAUGUUUGAUGCUCUUCUUGCUGAUCUGGAGAAUUCAGCAUUCCCUCUGACCCGCUGUCCUGUCCUGCUGACCUCUGACCCUCCAGUGACCUCUGACCCCUCGUCCAGUGCUCAAGAUCCUGCCCAGACCCAACCACCUCCUCCUGCAUACACGCCACAACAAACUGUUUCUGCCGUAAUGAAGUCAAACGACUCUCAGAACUCAAACCCAGACAAACUUUACAGUACAGUAUGUAAGCCGCACUCACCGUGCACCGCAGAGCCUCCUCCUGCCUUCACUUCCUCUUCAGUUCUGGGAGGUGGUCUGAGUGAACUUGAUAAUUUACUGCAGGAGCUCAAUGCCACACAGUUCAACAUCACAGAUGAGAUUUUGGCCCAGUUCCCCACCACCAAAAAAGAUGAAAAAUCUUCAAAGUCUGGGCCAUCCCCUCCUGGUUCAGUGAAACCUUCAGCUACAUCUGCUAAUCUAGAGCUGGACAAAUUAAUGGCAUCUCUGUCAGACUUCAGAGUCCAAAGCACACCAGCAGCACUUGUCAGCUCUGUGAGCACUUCACCGCAGCAGGCUGGAGCUCUGCCCCCUGCCGCCUCUGGAGGCUCAUUGGACAGCAUGUUGGGUCUCCUCCAAUCAGAUCUGAGCAGGCAAGGAGUGCCCACCUCCUCUAAGGGGAACUGUUCUGCCUGUCAGAAACCAGUUGUAGGACAGGUUGUGACGGCUCUUGGGCAAGUUUGGCAUCCAGAGCAUUUUGUUUGCUCCGAGUGUGAGUCUGUGCUCGGCAAUCAGAAUUUCUUUGAGAAAGACGGCCGACCGUACUGUGAAUCAGAUUAUUUCACCCUGUACUCACCUCACUGUGCGCAGUGCAUCAAGCCCAUUCUCAACAAAAUGGUGACUGCACUGGACAAGAACUGGCAUCCAGAAUGCUUCGGCUGUGUGAAAUGUAGCCAGACGUUUGGAGAUGAAGGUUUUCAUGAUCGUGAGGGGCAGCAGUACUGCCAGCAGUGUUUUCUGUCUCACUUUGCCUCUCGUUGUCAGGGCUGCUCUCAGCCCAUCAUGGAGAACUACAUCUCAGCUCUGAGUGCUCUAUGGCAUCCACAAUGCUUUGUGUGCAGGGAAUGUUAUAGUCCAUUUGUGAAUGGCAGUUUCUUCGAGUAUGAGGGGCAGCCCUUGUGUGAAGCCCACUACCACCAGUCCAGAGGCAGCGUAUGCCAGGCGUGCCAGCAGCCCAUCCUGGGGCGCUGUGUCACUGCCAUGGGUGGCAAGUUUCACCCACACCAUCUGGUGUGCCACUUUUGCCUGAAACCCCUCAGCAAGGGAUGCUUCAAAGAGCAGGAGAACAAGCCAUACUGCCACCCCUGCUUCAUCAAACUCUUCGGAUGAGAACACUGACAUGAGAUGAUGAGGAGGAGGAUGCGGAUUGCUCAAUGGCUUUAUUAAAAUGUUUGUAUGAGGAUGCAAGUGCAGAGAGAUCAGAAGUUAUGUUGCCAAAUGUUAUUUCAUUGCCAACAAAUAUAUAGACAGAGAAGGGAACAUUAAAAUAUCCUCAAGGAAUUCGUUUGGAAUCAUCAUUUGCAACCAAUCCUGAAGGAUCAUAAUGGGAAAUUUAUUUUAGGAUUCCAACACUACACAAAACAAAGCUAGAUCUUUUAAAGCAGUGGGUCUCAACUGGUUUUGCUUCAGGACCCUGAUUUUACAUUGGACAUCAAGUGGCGACCAAACACAGAACCAAAUUGGUCAUUAUACAAAAGUAAACAAACAUGUCUAUAAAAUAAAAAAUUGCAAAUGAUUUAUAUUAUAACAUAAAAUGCAUAGACGUAAUUUACCAUAUUAAAUGGUUUCAAAAUGUCUCUUCAAUUUUAAUGCUCUCCACAGCCAAUAAUUCACAGCACAAAACACACUGCAAAAACCAUGUUCAUCCUUGUUACAAAUUAACCCGUAUUUAAUGCAGUCUUGGUCUCGUUUUCUUUUACUGUACGUGGCUUGUUCAUGUUUUGAGGAUGAGGGGAUAUUACACAACAUGUCCUUGGUGGCCAAUUUGUUUUUCCUACGCCCAAGUGACAGAUUUGAAAAUUAUACUGAUAUAACAGGUUGAUUGGACGCACUGCAUUUACAGCCUGAGCUCCUGAAAAUGACAUGACUGUGCCAUGAUUUUAGAUGGCAUCACGUGGUUCAUUACACAUAUUGUGACAGUUUCGAGGUGAACUAUCCUCCGUGUGGUGCAUUUCAUGGUGCUUCUAUGACACUUUCGGCUCUCUUAUCAGUUGAGCUAAAAUGUUUAUGUAAUGCAAAAAUUAAAAUGUAUUGCCUUUGAAGUCAUGCGCUAUAGUAGAUGCCAUAAGUGUUUAGAUGUCAUAAGAUAGCAUUGUGCGAGGAACGUUUAGGUUACGAACUGAUAAUCUUCCAUUUUACUCGUGAUUUGUGUAAAGGUGAAGAAAAAUCAUUGUUGAUGCAGCACCUGUACUGUUUAUUUUUUAUUUUGCCAAAAAUGUUGGUAUAGUAACAUGAUACCCAAGCUGAGCCUUUGAUGUCAAGAGCAAAAGACAGGGGAAACGUGUUCUCGUGCCUCAAAAAUGUUGACAAACCCUAAUAUUUUGCUAUCCUAUGUAUGCACGAUUAUGUGGUAAGUGACAUUUUAUAGUUGCAUUUAGCAUUGUUUUUACCACCUGUGGCUCAUGACAGAACAGACUUGUGUCCCUUUUUGGGUCACAAUGCACCAGUUGAGGACCACAGUCCUAAAAAUCACUUAAGGAAUUUUUCUUAUAGGAUUUCACCAAAUCACAACACCAAAACUAGAUCAUUUAGAAAACAUGGUGCCCAGUUAUACUUGGAAUUACCAGUAGGAUAAAAAUGCUCCAAUUGGACAUCGCAAGCAAUUUAAAGAGAGUAUUUCAGAAUGUAAAAAUGUCCGGCAGCAGGACAUUAUUCCAAUACACUGCAAUAUUUCUGAUGAAGAUUACACAAUUUCCAGUAGGACUUUAGGAAUCAAAUACAUAUCAAAACAUCCUGUAUUCUUUUCAAUUUAUCCAGUGUGAUUUGAUUUGAUUGUUAAAGGAAUGUCAUUUGAUUCCAUUAGGAUUGAUUCCAAAUUAUAAACAGAAAUUCCAAUAGUUCCAAUAGUGCAGGGGUUUUCAAACAUUAUGGUGUCAAGGACCCCCAAAAGACCCCUUUCCUGAAAUCAAAAGCCAGCUUUAAUUUUCAUUUCUAAAGUCCCAUUUAUACUUUGUGAGAAGAUAGUAAACGUGAUAUUAUAAACACAUGUUUUUUUCAAAAUGAUUUGCCAUUUAUAUUGUUAUUGUACUAAAGAAAAAAUAAAUGAGUCAAAUAUAUUCUUAUUAAAAUAUCUGGAACAGUUGAACUUUGUAUU